CUGAUUACUUUGUCAUUCAACCUUAGGCCUGUUCUUUUUCGUUGCACUGUUGCAUUGAUGCAAUAAGUUAGAGUAAGACAAAUAUAUAUUUAUUUCACUCUAACUUAUUGCACCAGUGCAGCAGUGCAGCGAAAAAGAACAGACGUCUUCCCUCACACUUUUCUUCUUCCAAUACCUUAUGCUCUGUUCCUAUCCCAUGCCCUAGUCUUUUGUUUGCCUCUGUGACAGUUGAAUGUGGGUCUUGUAACGACACAUAUUUUUUGAUUGUGAGGACUGUGUACGCGUUGUCCCUGUUUUUCUUUUACCUCCAUACUACUGGAAAAUAGCCUUACAGAAUUUCAUCUAUCUACACCGUGAGGGUGGCGUUUGAUAGUACCCUAUUUUGCCCAGAGCCAUUUAUUAAAUUGAAUAUCCCACGUCCUUCCUGUCCUCUCCUUCACCACUUCGCUCUCCUCCGCUCACUCUCUUCCACACUUUUCUUUUUCGCUUUGUACACCACUCUCGCACGUGUCUCUCCUCUAACCUGUGUCUCUCCUCUAACCUAUCGGAAACGGAAGUCUUUUGUACAUAAACAUUAAAAUAAGUAAAAUAUAAUUCAACAUUAACAUUACAAAAUGAGUUUUUAUAAAAGCAAAAAGAUAAUUGAAGAAGGGGAUGUUGUUAUUUUAUAUUUGAAACCAAAUAAUAUGUACUCGCUAGAAGUGAAGGCGAAAAUAUUGAACAAAAAGGGUGAAACUAUUGACAAUGUGUUCCAAACUAUGUAUGGUGCAUUGAAAGUUUUUUCGCUCGUUGGACAAAAGUACGGUUCAAGAGUAGAACUGUCUCGAGGCUGGGCAUAUGUGUUGCAGCCAACGCCAGAACUUUGGACACUGACACUGCCACAUAGAACACAGAUUAUCUAUAGUCCAGAUAUUAGCCUUAUGUUAUAUUUAACGGGAGUGAAACCAGGAAGUAUAGUUAUUGAAACAGGAACUGGUAGUGGUUCCCUGGCUCAUUCGUUGAUCCGAACAAUACGUCCAAGUGGUCACUUGUAUACUUUUGAUUUUCAUGAACAACGUGUGUCUCUUGCUAAUGCAGAAUUUGAUAGACAUGGUCUGAGUGAAUACGUGACUUUAAAGAAGAGAGACAUUUGUUUGGAUGGAUUUGGAGAAGAAUUAAAGCAUAAAGUUGAUGCAGUUUAUUUAGAUCUUCCACACCCAUGGUUAGCUGUAGAACAUGCUACUGUUGCUUUCAAAAAGACAGGUGGAAAACUCUGUUCCUUUUCUCCUUGCAUCGAGCAAGUCCAACGUACCUAUACAAAACUUGUACUUGAGGGAUAUGUAGAAUUAAAAACAUAUGAAUGUUUACAAAAAGAUAUGAACAUUCACUAUAAAUCUUUUCCUGUACUGGACUUGGAGUGUUUAAAAUAUAAGCAUACGAAUGAAGAUAUGGCACAGAAAAACAAAAAGGAGAAACAGGAAGAAAAACGCCUUACAGUCAUUUUACCUUACCCAUCACCUGGUCAUACAGGCUUCAUUACGAUCGCCACUCUUCCCCCCAACUAUGCACGCAAAUGAAAAAAGAA